UUCAAACGCACCACGGCGAUUUGACGGCUGUCAGAGUGACGUUAGAGAAACAAAACACAAAACAAAUGAUUCUCGUGCGAAAUUGCAGCUACCUUGGCGUUUAAAUGAUUGAUUAAUAGACAUAACAAGUGAUAAAAAUGCCUAGUUCGUUGCUGUUCGGUAUAAAUAAUGAGGGGAGGGUUCACACGUUGUCGACAACGGGGUCAAUGUGGCGAGAGCUGCCCUAUGCAGGCCAGGAGUUUAAAAAAUUGUCCGGGGUGCCCCACUUUUUGUGGGCUCUAGGCGGAGACCAUCAGAUUUAUGUUUAUGUGCACGGUUUGGAUAUCCCGAUAAGGGUUGUGGAGGAGUCUUAUGAGAAUGAGAGAUGGUUGCCUAUCGAAGGUUUCACGUCGAGACUCCUCCCCACAGACCGUUACAACCACUCGAACAUAGAUGGCUCUGUGAAUCGGUCGAUAGACAAGAUAACCCUGCCGUCGAUGGCUUGGCAAUGGGAGGGAAAAUGGAAAGUAGAGUUGACUUUGAACGGCCAACCUUUGGACCACGACGGUUGGACUUACGCUGUGGAUUUUCCCGCCCAGUAUUCCCCCAAGAAGCAGUGGAAAUCCUGCGUUCGCAGGAGGCUAUGGCAGAGGUCCAGGCGAUAUAGUGCCAUGAACACUUGGUGUGCCAUAGCACCGCUGCAUCAAGAUGCCACAAGUGAGCCUUUUAUCGAUGUUUCCAUAGGCGGGCAGAAAAUCGCUGGGGCCUGCCCUGGCACCAUGUUAGUUUGGGCUGUAACUUCUCAUAACAGAGUUAUGUUCCGCACCGGCGUCUCCGACAAGUCGCCAGAGGGCGCCAGGUGGUCGCACGUACAAACGCCCCCUGGCUGCGAAGUGUGUCAACUGAGCGUGGGACCCACCGGAUUGGUUUGGGCAGCCGUUUUGGACGGCAGAGCUCUGGUUAGGAGCGGGGUUACCAGGGAUAACCACCAGGGGGACACCUGGGUGGAGGUUAGGAGCCCCGGGGAUAGUUUGAGGUUAUGUCAGGUGUCCGUGGGAGUUUGUUCCGUGUGGGGGGUAACGCAUGACAAGCAAGUGUGGUUUAGGAAAGGGGUAAAAGGCGAAUGUGCUGGGAUGUCAGAAGAAUUGGCAGCCGGCUGCGGCUGGGUGGAAAUGGUGGGCCGAAUGGCCGAAGUCUCGGUCUCCGCCAACGAUCAGGUUUUCGCAGUGGGAGCCGACGACCGCCUCGUGUACUUCCGGACGGGAGUUUGCCCGGAGGAUUUGACGGGCAAAAGAUGGCGCUCGUUGCACGCUCCCCUGCAAGUGAGCAGAGCCAGCAGCAGCGCCAGUUUGAGCAGGGGGGACGGGAAGUACAACAGGAGUCUGAAUACUUUGCAAAGUAGGCCGAGCAGCAUGAUCGAACAGUCGAACAUCGCGGAGAUCGACGACCAAUCGCACUCGGCGCCGAUGGGGCCGACCUCGCUUCCGGUCGGCGACCUAACCUCGAAAUUCGAGACGGAGCCGCGCCACGCUAAAACGUGGAACCCCGUGCAGUCGGUGGGUUCCAUCGUGGGCACCGAAUGCCACCCGGAAACCGACGAGAGCGUGUGGAGCGAGUCGAGCAGAGACUCGUGCAUCUUCGCCGAAGACGAAGAGCUAUGUUGGGCUGAGUAUGAAGCGCCGUGGUCUUGGGUGGAAGCCGGGGCUUGCACCAUGGAAAAUCACAACUUACCGAACUGGUUUGUUGACGGUACCUCGGGGAAUAGCCAGAUGGAGUUGGAACAACCAUGGAGGGUUCAGAUUUUAAGUGAAUUAAAGGCGAGAUCCGUAAAUGUGGACGCCUACACUCACUACGAACAUGCGAUUGAUACGACGUCUUGGGUACAUUCCGGCGAAGCAAGAUUUAGCAUGGGGAAUGGCCCUUUUGUAGACUGCAUUCUGCAGUUGGAGUGGGUGCAGUCGAUAGGUACUUUGACGGUUCUGAACCCAGAUGGCGCCACUGCAAUGAAUUCCUUCGCUCUAAGCGACGUAAACUGCGUGCAACUGUGCAGCGAGCCGGGGAACCCCCGACUGGCCGUGCACGUACCGCGCAACAACCCGCCUCUGGUGCGUUUCCAGUUCGCCAGCGACACCCAGCUAGAAGAGUGGCAAGCGCAUUUCAGCACGACGUGCGGUAAACUGCACCAGGUGGUGGGCAAAGUGGGCGACGAGAGCGUAUGGGCCGUCUCGAAUCUGGGCGACGUCUUCAUAUGGGAUCCCACGGAAAUAGAGAGCUACCAGUUACGGGAGGAUGAGUGCUACGUGCAGAAGUACGAUUUAAGUCGUAAAGAGAGCCCCUAUAAAGUUAAAUUACACACCGGGUGCAUACCAGGGACUAAAAUCACCAUCACAGGUUGCGUUGGUGACGAUGCCGAUCGAAUAGGAGUCAAUUUGGAAUCGGAACCCACCUACAAACUAAAACACAAAGCACACACCGAAUUGGAGAACAUAUGCCUUCACUUCAACCCACGGUUCAGAGAGGGGGUGACAGUUAGGAACGCCAUGAUAGAGGGGAAGUGGGGAGGGGAGGAAAGGGACGAACAAAUCGCGCUGCAAAGGGGCCAGGAGUUUAAAAUCUGCAUUGAAGCUACUGAAGACGCUUUCGUGAUACACAUAGACGACAAGAAAAACUCAACCUUCCGCCAUCGCUUGCCGCCCCACUCAGCUUCGUAUUUUAGUGUAUGGGGGCGUCUACAGCCCUUCAAAUUGACGAUAAAGAGUCCGGAGAUCAUCCUCAACCCGCUGGACAUGUACUGGAGGCAGAUUGGAGGUCAUCUGCGGCGCGUGGAGACGUGCAAGGUGGGGGUUACGUGGGGGGUGGGUUACGAUCACACCGCGUGGGUGUACACUGGCGGCUGGGGGGGAGGGUUUUUGGGGACGCUGGACAGUCAGAAUGUGCACGGUAUGACCGAUUGUCAGGACUACAAGGUCUACGAGAAUCAGCGGUGGAAUCCUGUUACUGGAUACACUUCUGCAGGUUUGCCUACUGACAGAUACAUGUGGAGCGACUCCACAGGAAAGCAAAAACGCACCAGAGACCAAGUGAAACUGUUGUCCAUGAGAUGGCAGUGGCAGUCGGACUGGAUGACGGAUUUCCACGUACCUGGGGGGGUUGACGGCGACGGGUGGCAAUACGCAGUCGAUUUUCCCGCCACCUACCACGCCAACAAACACUUUACCGACUACGUCAGGCGCAGAAGAUGGUACAGACGAUGCGCAGUAGCCACUACAGGCCCCUGGCAGGAAUUGGGCCACACCAAACUUUUGGACCUUUGUCUGGAACCAGUGGAAGAUUUCGCUGACACAAAGGUGGUCUUAUGGGCUCUAGCAACAGGUGGGCAGGCAAUGGUGAGAAUCGGAGUGUCGAAAAGCAACCCAAUGGGUCACGUGUGGGAGCACGUCACUUCCGACCAAGCGCUUUGCAGCAUUUCCUGCGGGCCUUACAAGCAAGUUUGGGCGGUGGGAAGGAAAGGCUGCGCCUUUUACCGUUUAGGUGUGACUGAGGAUAAGUUGGAGGGGGAGAAGUGGCACUGUGUGGAGCCCCCUGGCGGCGGGCAGCUGCGGCAGAUAUCCGCCGACGUCAUCGGGGUUUGGGCGCUGGAUUUGCAGGGGAGACUGCAUGUUAGAAAGGAGAUUUCAAAAGCGUUUCCUGAAGGGACUCACUGGCAGCUGAUCGAUGUCGAUCCCCCAGUAUUAAAUGCUGCUCCUAACUCAACGGGUUUCAAACACGUCAGUGUAGGAAAGAAGGAGGUGUGGGCCACUACAAAUGGAGGAGCCAUGGUUAGAAGACUUGGCAUUUGUCCCACUAACCCAGCCGGUUCUGGUUGGGACACAGGAAUCUCUGGAAAUUGGCAGCAGCUUAGCGUUAAAGCUUUUAAUUGAAAAGUCGUUAUUAUUAACCUAAAUUGAUUUAAUUGUGAUUAAAACCAUUCGAAAGUAUUUAUUUACUCCAAUAUUAUUUUUAAGUCCUAAUGUCUGUGUUAUUUUAUCUUGUGAUUAUUUUAUGCCAAAUAUACCUUACCUA